AUGGUUUGCUUACCGACAAUAUAUUGUCAACAAUGGUUAAUGGUAUUUCGUGGAGUGUCUGGAAGACUUGGUGGAGGAAAUAAUAUUUUCCACUUGUGGAGUAAUCCAGGCACUGCGGGGGAAACCGUUGCCUGUGCAAAGCAAGUCGGGAGACGCUGCCAUUCUCACUACAAGAACAAGCUCGUAGACAAUUGGAGCAAACUGCGUAUUCAUGAGAUAAAACUAGCUGUUUUCGAAGGAGGAAGAGAAAAGGCAAAUAUAGUAUUUGGACCUGUCUCUGACAAAUCAAACUGGUUCAGAAAAGAACACAUCAGGACAUCUUCCUACGCUGAUCUGAAUAAUGGAGGAUUUUUCAACUUUUUCAGCAUCAAUGGGCAAACAAAUUUACGUAGGCGAUUUUUGAUAAGCAGACACGAAGGUGGAUAUUCAAAUGACAUCGGAAUGUUUUGGUUUGGGGUAUUUGAGACAAGCAUUUGUGACUGGGACGGAAAUCCUGGAGUUCCAACUAUAUUAUAUAGUCCUGGUAGCCGGGCAUCAAGAUGGAAUACUCUAAACACACAAACAGAUGAGCAUGACAAUGUGCGUAUUCGCUGUUCACAUGGAGGUACAAUUCACAUAAAAAGCGCUUCCUAUGGAAUAGGAAGUCGAUGGACGUCUGGAACCUUUACCAUGAGAAGAAGGUGUAACUAUCAAUAUUCCUGUGAUGUAAAAGUAGAAAACGAUAUUUUUACUGAUCCUUCAGUCGGCGAUGAGAAAGUGUUGAAAGUAUCAUAUACAUGUGGACCACACAUCGCAGAUGACUUCACCAUUUCUGUGAAAGCGGAAGAUCAAUCCAAAAUAGAAAAUUGCGAGGAGAUUGACUUGGACUGCUAUUAUUCUUUGAAAGGACACUGCAAGAAGUGCAAUCACGCACUUCCAGUUGUACUAUAUGAAGGAAAUACAGAAUGCGCAUGGCUCUGUUCUCAACAAAAUCGACAGUGUUGGCCUGGAACAUGUGGCCCUGAUAAUGUCGCUAAACAUUGUCAAUGUGACGAAGGCUUUUCGGUUGCAAAGGAUUCGACUCGAGCAAAAUGCAUAAUGACCCGAAAACCCACCAUUGAGAUGUGCUUCGCUGGCGUUCACGGAAGCAAGGGGGAACAUGUGACUCUCAGAAAAUUGAAUUCUUCUUCAGCUUGCAAAGAUCAAAGAGACAAUUUCAUAAAUUUCCAGGCCACUAAAGCAGAGUUUACCUUGCAGUACACCCUUACAAUCAAGCCGUCUAUGCUUAAGCCAACUUUCAUCAAAGAAUAUAAAUUUGGUAUCGGCGAUGGAAGUUUUUCAAUCCAAUGGAGACAGACAAUUAAAGGAAAAACAGCAGUGAUACAUCAUCAUAGACUCGUUGACUAUGGAGUCUUAGUAGAAAAUCUUGAAGAUACUAUCAAUGUAAAGAACAAUGACACUUCGUUACCAAACAUCACUCUGGAGAAUGGAGAUGGGCUUUGCUAUACUUUCAUGGCUAUUGGCAAAGGCUAUCUCAUGACAACAGCUCUGAAUGAUCCAAACACCGAUUUACCCAAAGAGUAUUACAAUGAAACAAAGAAUACUCGAGAAUUGUGCUUUUGGUUUGACAAUUUGAAACCAGUUCAUUGCAAAGUUACAGGGGAAUGCAGCGAUUUAGAUAUUAUUCAAUUAUCAAACUCUGUAACAAAAUCACCAAACGUAACCAUAGGGCUAAUGGGAUGGAAAGAUCUAAAUAUUUACAAAGGUAAACAGAUCAAUGCAUCAGGGAUUCGAGAAUAUACGUUAUCUGUUUAUAACAUUAAUGGUGAUGGUGCGGAAUUGAAAGCAGAUCUCACAGCAGACAAAAGUAACGCUCGAAAAUCAGACACAGCAAAGCCACUCCAUAUCGAGUUAGCUAGUUGUGGUCUUUAUGAAAUCAAUUUAGAGGUUGUAGAUAGUGCUGGCGAAGGGAACUCUCAAAUAGCCAGAAGGUUUGUCCUUUUCGAUAAUUGUUCGCAGGUUCAGAAAGAUCCGAAAAAGAAUAUUUUGAUUACAACCGCAGAUGAUAUUUCGAACAAAACCUGGCAAACACAGAAAAGAUCUAUUUGCUUUGAUUGGACAGGAUACUUUUAUAAUUCUCUACACAAGAAGACCAACCUCCUUAAGCCAAUCAAAACAAAAGCAAUUAUUCCGGUGGAAUACGAAGAUAAUGAGUAUCCACUGCCUACAAAAGGUACCACUAACACUGAUGGCAUAGUGGAGUUCAAUUUCACAAUUACCGUGAAUGACGUGAAAAGAAUACCAAACCAGAGACAUGAAAAUAUCUUAAUACAGAAACAAUGCACCAAUAUGUCUCUUCAGGACGGGGAUUAUCUUUCCGUUGAAAUUGUUGCUACUGAUGUAAUGGGUAACUCUAAUACUGAUUCCGUCAUAGUAUAUAUUGAUACAUCUGUCCCUGAAAUCACAAAUAUAGGUUUAGAGAGGCAGGGAUUUAAAGAACUCUUUGUACAUAAUGCCGUUGAUUUAUCAACAAUGAAAAUAACAUUGUCCAUCCAAGAUGUCCAUAGUGGAAUACGAUCGAUACAAUGGUAUUUGGGGACCAAUUUAGGCUCAACAGAUAUUGGAAACGGUACUUUGGCGGUGAAUCGUUUACCAAAAGGGACGUCCUGUAUCAACAACACUGAAUGUUAUUGUCCGUCCCUAGGACCUUGUGAAAAUACAAUGUAUAGCAUAGAUUUGUCAAAACUAGUUCGUUACAACAACAAUAUCGGACAACAUAAUAGAGACUAUUUUUUCACCUUUGUUGUCACAAACAACGCCUUUCUCCGAAUCGUGGAUCAUGUAGAUAUCCUUGUUGACGAAUCAGUCCCCGUCAAAGGUGUAGUCAGAGAGGGUGCCCUUGGAGAAAAAGACAAAGACUUCACAAACGAAAAUACCACCAUUAUAAACUGGGAUGGUUUUAUUGACCACGAAAGCGGAAUACGAUUGUAUCAGGUCGCUAUGUUCUCAAGAUGUCUAAAUUCGGAUGAAAUAUUAAACAUUGGGAUGAACAAAAACAUAGUAAAAGUAAAUACCACAGAAAAUUCGGUCCGUCUUUAUUUUCCGAAGGAAGACAAGUAUAUAACAUCUGUAAUUGCAUUCAACAAUGCAGGGGACAGGUCAGACGUUGCUUGUUCGGAUGGAAUAACGUACGACGCAUCUGCGGUUAAAGUAUUUAACGUUACAGGGAAACAAUUCACAACAAAGGAGGGGAUUGCAUGUGAUGGAAAUGGCAAUCCUUUCUUAAUAUUGGAAAACCUUAAAAGAGUACAGCUCAGUAAUUCAACUUCUUGUCACCAAAUUUGUUCCAAUUUUACGUUUCCAGAAUUUGUUGAAAAUCUACCAAAAAUCAACCUAAAUCCAGCCGAUGAAACCUACUCUGAUGGCAUAUGUCAAAAGUCAUCCCCAUUCAAGGAUCGAGAAAUUUAUAUACCUUCUGAUAAAAUUGAUGUUUAUUGGGACUUUCAAGACUUAGAAUCUCAGGUCGACGACUUUUAUGUUGGAUUCGGUCAUUCAGAAUCGGAAUAUCUCAGUCCCUCUCUUCUUUCAUUCACUAAAACAUCAGGACACCCAAGGUACAUUAAUUUUCAUUCAGGUUUCCGAAGUGCGGAAAAGUUUUGGAUGUAUAUCAAAAGUAUUAACAAGGCUGGAACUGUAGAUACUAUUCGAAUAGGACCAAUGAUAAUUGAUUCUACACCAGUCCUGUUUGGCAAGGACUUUCUGUUGGAAAUUGAAGAUGGAAAUAUCUACAUUGGCUGGGAAAAGGGUACAUUUGUAGACCAAGAAGAAGUGGAUCCAGUGGACACUAUACUUUUUCGCAUAGGUACAGACUCCAAAUUCGUAACUCCUUUUCUACAACAUUAUAAUUCAACCCGCUGUCCUCGGUCAAAUAUGGUGGACUGUAUCAUUUAUCCUGUUAAACACCUCCAUCGCUCGAAAACGGAAAACUCAUUAAAUUACAUGGUGGAAAUUACAGUGAAGAACAAAGCAGGACAUAUGGCAACCACAAAAACAAAACCAUUUCGUGUUCCCUCUCAAGUUCCACCAAGUCGUGGGAUCGUUUUUGAUACAACCGAGAUGUCAUCGGAGCUCUCUGACCUGGACUAUGUAUUGCAUCAAAGUAAAUUGUGCGUGAAGUGGAACGGUUUUACACAUCACAGAAACAUUACUUUUGAAGUUGGAGUUGGUACAACGACAGGCAAGGAUAAUGUGAUUCAUUAUACGCCAACAUCUGCAACAGAUAAACUUUGUUUUGAUACUAACAUAUUCCAACCUUUUGUAAAAUAUUACUCCUCCGUGAGAGCGCGCUGUUCUGGAGGGGAGACGGUUGUUUCAUCUGAUGGGAUACAGUAUAUCGAUGAGAAAUACUUUGCGUCCAAUUUUUACCUGCGUGAUGGUAAAGGGUGUUCACCAGAUAGAUUGCAAACAAGUAUUUCACCCCAAGGACACCCCAGAAACGGAAGUAAUGUGAUGAUAAAUGACAAAUUAACAAUUGGAAAAAUAUAUUCACUUGUAUUUGAUAUCACGGCUAUUUUAAUGAAUCAUCCAGACGUGAUUAUCUUAAAAACAAUUAUCGAAAACAAUCGCAAAAUCGUCAUAUUUGUCGCAAAGUCACAAACUAUUGAUUUCACAGUGCAAUCAAAUACUGCGUUCAAUGUCAGCUUCUACCGAUGUAACCUAGAUGUAGACACCGUAAAGCAGACUGACCUUGUCGCAGCACAUUGGAAUUCUGAAAUUGACGAAGUUAUCAGACCAACGCAUUAUAUUGUAAAUCUGAUGCAGGAGAACAAGGGGCACGACGAUCAACUCAUUUCAAUGCUAGAGAGGUCUAGGGGAUCAUCAAGUGCCUCGUUUGAAAAUAUCAGUUUUCUUGACAACACAACUUACUUCAUCGAUGUGUCGCCUUGCUUUGGCCACUUUUGUUUAAAUCUAACUUCGUCAGAUGGCUUUAAAUUCAAUUCAGAAACGUUAUCAAUGAGACUAAAAGAUGCCGUUCUGUACUUAUCUGAGGAACAUGCACAUCCAACACUUAAUGCAACUUGGGAAAUAAGUUCAGACAUGGAGAACCCUCAGAUACCUUUAGAACGAUGGACCCUUUCUUUAGAUGAAAAGGGAAGAGACAAUAUUUUAAACUGGACUGCAGUUCGAAAUGAAAGAGAGGUUUUUGAAACACUGGAUAUUCAAGUUAGCACGAAACGAAGGCUUUAUUUUUGUAUGCAAGUGUGGGUAGGAGACGAAGAGUGGCUAAUCCGAUGUAUUCCAGUGAAGGUUGAAAAUAGACGUGUUGAAAAUCACUUCAAUGUUCUAGAUGUCGAGCUAGAGGAGCUUAACAGAACUUUCGUUGACUUAAUUUCCCGUGCUUCAUACAGCAAUAGCUUGGGGAAUCUCGAAUACACAGUGUAUGAUCUUGAAAUUGAUUAUUGUACUCCUGAUUCUCAAAUAUCAGUUCUCGUCCUGGGACAUAACGGGGCGGAGUUGCACGCUUUCCUGAUGACUUCUCCAAUAACACCUGACUCAGUUUCUGAAUGUACCAAACGUUUAGACUGUCUCACCACUGCAAAAAUUAACCAAGGAAUAGGAUCAUUUACCGGCGUAACACUAACAUACGGAACUGUUCUGUUUUCUUGUAUUCGAGGCGGAAACAUAUCGUAUGGUUGCAGUGAUGGUAUUUUUGUUGAUUCAACUCCACCGCGGCCUGGUCGAGCAGAAAUAAAGAGUUCACAAGGAUUCAUCACCUCACAGUCCGCCUUAUUACUAUAUUUUGAGCCAUUUGAGGAGGACGCAAAGAGUAUUGGAACAAACGAAUUGUCACCGAUUUCUUACUAUGAAUACGGAAUCGGAACAAUGAGAAAAACUGACGAUGUUUUGGCAUGGCAGAAAACUUCACAAAGUGGAUAUAUAUACAUUCGUCAAAUGAACUUAACUCAGGGCGAAACAUAUUAUCUCAGUCUUUCAGCUUCAAAUAGGGCAGGUUUGAAAAGCUCCUUCAUCGUUGUCGAAUUUACAGUAGACGUCACCCCUCCGUCUGGUGGUAAAUUUUACAUAGGGGAUGUAUUGCAGAAGAAAUAUAUAUCGAGUCAUAUCAUAACAAUUCAUUGGCGAGGGUUUGCAGACGACGAAAGUAAUGUCCAGAAAUUUGAGUGUUGUGUGAUAUCCAGUAAUGGGGAUAUCGUUGUGCCGUUCACUGCAGCUGAGGGGAGUUCGAUGAUCAUCAACAAUAACCAAACCCUUAUCGAUGGUCAUUCAUACAAAGGAAUACUAAAGAUAACGAACCGAGCUCUUCUGUCAACGAUUGAAUAUUCAAACGAAUUUACAGUGGAUACAUCUCCGCCGCAUUCUGGCACAGUAUUUGAUGGCAACAAAAAAGACAUGGACGAAGAUUAUCAGAAAGACCUUACUACUUUAUGUGCCAGCUGGAACGGUUUUUACGACCCCCACACAGACAUCGUAUCAUACCGAAUAGGUCUGGGUAACAACCCCACCUUUCCUGAUGUACAAUCUUUGAGGGACGUUGGUCUUCGUCAAGAAUAUUGCUGGAAAAUGAGCUUAACAUCUGGACAGAAGUAUUUUACUUUUGUUGAAGCAUGCAACGGAGCAAUGCUUUGUUCGAAGUUGGUUUCGGAUGGUUUGGUAGUGGAUAAUUCUCCACCUCUCACUGGGUUGGUUUACAUAAGAGGUGUAUCUGGACGCACAGUUUACUUAAGUGAUAGAACGUCGAUUUCAGCAUCUUGGGUAGGUUUUGAAGACCCGCAUUCGUCUAUUGAUCAUUUCGAAUGGUGUAUAGGAAUGACAAAGGAAACUUGUGAUAUCUUACCAUACAGAAAUUCAUUUCUCUCCAAUGACAUAUUCCAGUCGUCCUUAAUGCUACCUUUGAAAACAGACAUGUUCUUGUCUGUCAUGGCAUUUAAUAACGUGAAUCUUACAGUCAAGACUAGUUCUCAUGUUUUUAAAGUGGACGACACAGCACCAAAUAUAGUAUCACAACCUAAAUUCCAUCCUAUGAUAAGUCCAUUCACUGAUACAUCCCGAAUUCAGUACGACAAUUCUCUUCUGAAGCUGUCAUGGCUUUUCAGUGAUGAAGAAAGUCGCAUAUCCCAUCACUUUAUUUCCCUCAGAAGUCAAAGUGACAAAAAGGUACCCUUUGAAAGAGUUAUUCAUGACAAUGUCAAUGCCGUCACGAUAACCUUUAACACAACCAACCGCCUUCUUAAUGGAGAUCGAUAUACCGCAAUGGUGACAGCCUGUAACCAGGCAGAUCUGUGUACCGUGAGUGAAAGUAAUAGCAUUCUCAUUGAUUCUACUCCUCCUCAUCUGGGAGGUUUCACUUCGAAACACUUCUGGAAAAAGGUUGGCAACCAAACGAUGGCCACAGUUUCAUGGUAUGGAUUUAAGGAUCUUGAAUCUAACAUAGCCUAUUUUCAGCUUUCGGUUGGGUCUUCUUAUAACGGAGGCGAACUUACUACUGGUUUUAUCAAAAUACUGGGAAAUCAAACAUCAGCUACAAUUCCUCUCCAUGAAUUUUCACCUAAUCUUCAUAAUGAAAUAAUUCUCUCCAUUUAUGCAGUAAACAAUGCAGGGUUAAAAAGCAAAACAGCCAAAGCCACGGUACUCACGUCUCUAUCCGACAAAUCUGGAUCAAGUGGGCGAUUUCUGUUACAGAGAUUUUCCUGUAGAUCAUAUUUUUGUAAUAAUGAUUGUACAUGCGGGGUUGUUGGUCUGAGUUGUGUAUCUAAACACCGAGAUGCUUGCAAAGAAACAAACAAGACGCAUUUUGACGUUUUUAUUGGUUCUUCGGACUUCUCUGAAGUGACUGUUCUGCCUUCUACAUCUUGUAUCCUUGGAUCAUGGAGAGCAAAUUCCAGUCAAAUUAAAAGAUACGAAUGGACAAUUGGAUUGACCAAUUACGCUCCUGGACAGGGUGUCUACGAUAUUCAAAAAGACAACCCAUGGAUAGAUAACAAUCUAGAAACCACGAUUCUUUUUUGUUUACCCACACACAAAACUUUCGUAAAUAAUCAGAAGUACACUCUCUACGUAAGGGCAUGGAUUUCAGAGAAUGAAUAUCAUAUUUCUAAAAGCAAAAGUAUUACAAUAAAGGAUCGUUCUCCUAGAAUCCGGAGAGGAAAAUUUAUUUCUGAAUCAAGGAAUAAAGCCUGUGAACCAGAUAUCGAUUUCGCAAAGAGCAACUGGAAAAUAUGCGCCUGUUGGAGAAAUGUGUUUAGCGAUGACGAUGACUUGUCGUAUACGUUUAGCGUUGGGACUUCUCCGAAAUUGGAUGAUGUACUUCAGAGAAUGUACCUUGGUAACCAAACAGAAAUAUGCCCCGCACUCUCCUUGCAACCGGGUUUACGCUACUUCUUCACAGUUGGAACUGUCAACAACGUCGGACUUUACGCUGGUUUUUCGUCUGAUGGCUUCGUCGUUGAUGAUUAUAUCCCAAGCUCUGGUGUAGUUUUCAACUCGCCUUCACAGGAAAACAAACACUUCUUCUCAGAAAAAUCCAAUACUGGAGUAUCAUGGAUUGGUUUCACUGACAGCGAGUCGUUCAUAAGGAAUUACGAAUUUGCAACUCAGAUUUAUGAAAAUGGAUCGUUCCAUUUUUCAGAGUCAUCUUCAGUAGAAUUCCUUACGUCAGCUGAACUGCAUGACUUCAAAGACAAUACGAGUUACAGAUACGCAGUGCAAGCCACCGAUGCAGCAGGACAUCAGAGUAAUUUCACUUUCUCAGCGCCAUUCACUGUAGAUAACACUAACCCACACAGCUUCCAUUGUAGAGAUAAGAUUCUGAUUCAGAGCAAAAUGUCAUAUUCAGAGACAACAGCUCUUGAUCUUCAUCUAAAACAGGGCAUACUCUAUAAGUUUGCUAUUUAUGAUGCAGAGGCUUCAUGGGAUACGGUUCUUGUUCUGAAAUUUGAAGAUGAAGUAAUGCGGUUCCCAAUACAAAUGAAUGCCAAUGGAUCGGCUGAAGCAAAGCACAUCGUAAUGGCAACUACCUCUGGUCGUGCGACAAUUUUCAUAACACAACAACAGAUACCAAUUCAUAAACUAAACAUAGACAUUUACCAAUGCUAUCCAGAAGUUGUCAAUUCAAAAGAAGCAAUAGAGUUUGUCCAGCUUUCACCAGCCGUGUUUCAAACAUGUGUAAAUACCGAGGAUUCUGAAAGCGGAUUAUUCAACAUAAAACUAGGAUUUGGAACAACUGAGAAUGGAACCCAAAUAAUGAUGCUUAGUGAUAUUGGAAGUAAACACCACUUUUCACUACAUUCUUCCCUUCCCCAUGGUUCUCCGAUAUUUGUACAUGCCGUUGCUGAAAAUAAUGCCAAUUUACAAAGCUAUUUCGUAUCGAGAAAAAGUAUUGUCGACCAUACUCCACCUCAUAUUGUCGUACUUUCUCAAGGCUUGGAAUAUGCAGAAGUAAACAACAGUACUUUAGUUAGACUGACACUUCUCUUCCGGUCAGAAGACAUUGAAAGUGGGGUAAAGUUCUGUAGAGUGUGCAUCGAAAAUACCCAUGGCAAAACUAUUUAUCACUGCAAGACGACAAUGGAAAGUAGAUUCAUAUCAGACUAUUUUAAUGCCACACACGGCUCCAAACUUAUACCCGUUGUAAGCUGUGUCAAUAAAGUAGAACUUGAAACUACUCUAAAAGAAAGAAUCAGCAUCGUUUCCUUCAAGGAACCUACGACAGAAAAGGCAAAGAUUGAAUUUCUCGUACCGGAUCUAUCAUUUCGUGUCGAGGAUCUUCCGGUCCAGAGUGACACAACGAAAAUGGAGUUUCGAUGGUCCGGGUUCGAAGAUGAUUCAGGUACACUGUCCUAUGACUGCAAGCUUCAAAAGGGACCUAACGUUAUUCACAACUGGAUCAGCGUGAAUCGACAUGAUUACGCUUCUUUUGACCACCUGAAACUUGCAAAUGGUGAUGUCUAUACAGUGUUUAUUCGCGCCAGAAACAACGGAGGUAAAAUUAGUCUUCCUGUCAACGCCUCCGUUCGAAUAGAUUCUGCAAAGCCUACUUUGACAGGAUUCCCGGUCACUGUAGUCAAUUCACACGAAGGGCUCCGACUUGACUGGAACCGUGUCUUUGUUAACAAAGAACAUUUCCAUUUGAAAUAUGACGUCAGUGUUGGGACUGCUUCCGGUUCUGGUGAUAUUCUGCACGAGGAGGGUUUGAAGGACACAGCAAUAAAUAUUGAUGUCAUGGAGCACGUUAAUAUGGUUUAUGUUGUUGUUAAAGCGUCGUUUCCAACGUCUACUUUCCGGAUUUAUUCCGGAAGAUUUGUCAUCUAAUGACAAUUGAUGAUUACGUGAAUAUAUAUAUAUACAUUAUAUAUCACUUAUAUGGCAUCUUUUGUAGCUUAUUGUAUAAUCGGAUUUUUUAAAAAUGCAUAUAAAACAAUCUAUCCAACAUAACCAAGUCGCCUUGGAUCUCAAUUUUGCUAAUCUCCACUUCAUACUUGUUUGCAUAAUGGUAUUCUAAUUGAUGUAAAAGGAGAAUUGUAUUACGAACUCUACAGUUUUGAUAUCUUAAGGAGUGCAUGUAGAUAAGAAAGCAAAGCACUGUCCUAUGUUUAUUGAUUAAGAAUCUUGAUUAUUUCCAUUAAAUAAUGUAUAAUGUUUAAAUCCCUACGUACUUGAACAUGUGUACACAUACAAAUAAAUUGUGGAUUUCC